AAUCUAUCUUCAUCAUCUUCAGUUCUGUUCUCUCUCAAUCAUUCAGAAACCACUCAAAAAUACUUUCACUCACAAACUUCUCUGAAACUAGUUCCCUUGGUUUCUUGUUUACCCUCAAAUCUUCUUUAUUUCACCUAUUUCCCUUAAUCUAUUUGAUUUUGCACCUUAGUUGUCCUGUUAUUAUCUGUGUUUUAGUUAUUUUCAUUUGCUUCACUUCUGUUUUUCAAACUUGAAAGAAGUUAAAAAAAAAAAAUGGUUGAUUGUGCCGGGAGUAUCGGGGGUGUGUUGAGUCCUGUCCUUGAAGUUGGCAAGUGGUUGGCUGCUCCGAUUUGGCGUCAAUUCAAGUAUUUGUACAACUACAAGACCAAUUUCAAAAAUCUGGAAAAACAGGUCGAUCAGUUGAAAAAUACAAGAGACGAAGUUCAGCUUAAGGUUACUGCUGCUGAAAGAAAUGUGGAAGUCAUCAAACAGAAUGUUAGGGACUGGCAGAAGGAUGUGGAGAAGACAAUUACAGAAGCAGAACAGUUGAUUCAAGAGAAAGCAAACAACCCUCAAUGUUUCAAGGGAUUGUGGUCCAACUACAAACAAAGCAAGAAAGCUUUCAAAUUAAAGCGGGAGGGUUUUGAUCCACUCCUCCAGAAAGAAAAGGAGUUCGAUCAAGUUUCCUUUACUACUAUUCCACAAGAUAUCUGGCUUAGAGCUAAUGAAGAUUAUUUGGCAUUCGAAUCAAGAACCUCUAUGGUGAAGAAUGUAUGGGAUGCUUUAAUUGAUGAGAAUGUGUACAUGAUUGGUGUUUAUGGGAUGGGUGGUCUUGGGAAGACUACUCUUGUGCAGGAAGCUGGAAGGAAAGCAGAGAAGGAUAAUUUGUUUGAGGACAUUGUUUUUGUUGAGGUAACACAAAAUUUGGAUGUAGAAAAAGUUUUAACAAAAAUUGCAGAGAAGUUGGGCGUAUUCAGUAACGAGACUGAAAGAGCAAAUAAGUUAUAUGAGAGAUUGAGAAGCGGUAAGAAGAUCCUUCUAAUUUUAGACAAUAUUUGGGAAGAUAUUGAUCUCAAGACUAUCGGUAUUCCUUCUAAAAUGGAUCGUGGAGGAUGUAAAGUAAUGUUCACGACAAGAAACUUAGAUAUAUUGGAGAAGAUGGGCUCCACAAAUAAUUUCCAGUUGGGCGUUUUAGAAGAAGAAGAAGCUUGGAACCUAUUCAGGAAGAUGGCUGGUGAUGUUAUUCAAACACAUGAAUUGAAUUCUCUACCAAAUGAGGUAUGCAAAGAGUGCGGAGGGUUGCCCAUCGUUAUUUGUACCAUAGCAAAAGCAUUAAAAAACAAGAGUCAUCCAUCUAAUUGGAAAGUGGCAUUGCAAGAAUUGAGAGCUCCUUCGCCAACAAAGUUCGUGGGAUUCCUAGAAAAGGAAUACAUGAAGAUGGCCUUAAGUUACAAUUAUUUAAGAGAUGAAGAACUUAGGAAAACGUUUUUAAUUUCUAGUCUAAUGGAAAAUAAUACUUCCAUUUCAGACUUAUUCAAACAUGUUGUGUGUUUGGAUAUACUUGAAGGAGCUAAUUUGACAAUGGAAGAUGCACGAAAUAGAUUGGAUAAAUUGGUUCAUGACCUCAAAGAUGCUAGUUUGUUACUUGACGGGUUUAGAAGCGAACAAUUUUCUAUGCAUGAUGCUAUUCGUGCUGUUGCUAUAACAAUAGCAUACGUUGAUCACCAUGUAUUUACAUCGAAAAAUGACAUUAAACGGGAAUGGAAGGAUAAAGAUGAACUCAAAAAAUGUACAAAAAUCUCCUUACAUGGUAGUAGUACUAUUAUUAGUCAACUUCAGCCUAAGGAUUUGGAUUGUCCAGCUCUUGAAUAUUUCUACAUGUCAAGCUCUUAUUUAAAAAUCCCGGAGGACUUCUUCAUAGUGAUGCCAAAGCUCAAAGUUUUAAAUUUGGCUCAACUGCACCAAUCGUCAUUGCCAUCAUCCCUUCAUCUUUUGAAAAACCUUCAAACGCUAUGUUUAGAUGAUAGCACAAUUAACGACAUUGCUAUUAUUGGAAAGUUAAAGAAACUAAAAGUCCUCAGCUUGAAACAGUCAUUUAUGAAGGAUUUGCCUAAAGAAAUAGGCCAAUUGACUGAACUCAAGUUAUUAGAUUUAAGCUAUUGUAAGCAAUUGCAAGUUAUUGUGCCAAAUGUGAUAUCAAAAUUAUUGCAAUUGGAAGAAUUUCAUAUAAAGGGAUGCCCUAUUCAGUGGAAGGUUGAUGUACUCAAGGAGUUAAAACUCUUAUCUAAUCUCUCGAGUGUAGAAUUGGAUAUUAGAGAUAACAAGGUGCUACCUAAAAACUUGUUUGCCAAAGAGCCUAAAAGGUACAAAAUAUCAGUAGGAGAUUGUUCGGUCCUAUAUGAAGAAUAUGGCGAACUUGAGCAUUAUGGGAAACAUGAGUUUUUGAGGGUGUUGAAAGUUAACUUUAAUUCUAUCAAGUCACUAGAAGAAUUAUAUGGAUUUAAGAACGUUGACCUCUUACAAUUAGCUGAAUUUUCAGAAGAUGAGAACUAUGUUGAGGAUUCAAAAUUUGAUUUGCAGUCUAAUGAAAUCAUGCCUCUGUUUAAUGAAAAAGUUGUUUUUACCAAUUUUAGGAUGUUGGUUUUGUACAAUAUUAGUCUGGGAAAGAUUUGGGACAACCGAAUUUCAACUUCCUCUCAAAAUUUGAAACAAUUGAAGUUGCAGAGAUGUGGAAAGAUGACAUAUGUGUUUACAUUUUCCAUAGCCAAAAGCCUCAAACAACUUCAAAGCCUAGAGAUAAUAGAUUGUGAGGUUUUAGAGAAGAUUAUUGAAGAAGAAGAUGGAGCAAAAGUUGUUGUUAAUUCUAUCUUUCCACAGGUAACCAAAUUGGUGCUUAAAAGUCUACCAAAACUUGCAACUUUAUAUCCAGGAAGACAUGCUUUAGAAUUCCCGAUGUUAAAAAGGUUGGUGAUAGAAAAUUGUGAAAAUUUGACUUCAACAUAUUUGGGCUUGCGAGAUGAUAACAAGAAGGGUGCACUUCCAAUAUCAAAGUCAAAAUUCCUCUGCUUAGAGAAUAAGAUCAAUUGCAAUUUGGAGAAUUUUCUAUUACGGGAUGGUGUGAUAAGCAUUGGAUGGAUUAGUCAAUAUAAAGUUCUUUAUAUCUGGUGGGAUAUCUCAGCAAAUAUUCCAUGUGGACUCUUUCAAAGAUUUCAAAGUGUUAAGAGGCUUGAUCUACGUCGGUGUGAAUACAAAGAAAUUAAUAGUAAAAAUGUGGGAAAUUGA